UUCAGACAAACAUAUUCAAGAACAACAACAAAAUCUCACAUUUUGGCAAAGUAGAGUUAAUAGUUCUCUCAGCUAUUUGGCUGCCCCAUUUGCCUGUUGGCAUUGUGCUCAAUGGGGCUUCAGUCACUUUGUGGCAGAGUCCUUUUGGGAUUCUCUGUCUCUUUAUUGCUGUUUGCUGUGACUUUCUGCUAUGCUGAUGACAAGACAAUCCAGGUUGUUGGAAUUGGGGAAUGUGCUGAUUGCAAAGAGAGUAACAUAAAGACCACUCAUGCCUUUUCAGGGCUUCGUGUAACCAUCGACUGCAAGGUUGAAAAUGGAGAAAUCAAAACAAGGGGAGAAGGAAAACUUGACAAAGAUGGCAAGUUGGUGGUGUCACUUCCACAAGAGAUGGUAAAAGACGGCAAAUUAAAAGAAGAUUGCUAUGCCCAGCUCCAUAGUGCAUAUGCUGCACCAUGUCCAGCACACAAUGGCAUAGACAGGUCCAAGAUUGUCGUCAUCAAAUCUGAAAAUGAUGAGAAGCAUACAUUAAAAGCAGCUGGAAAUCUUAAGUUCUCUACAGCUUUGUGCACUUCUGCUUUCUUAUGGCCACACUACAAGUAUCCACCAUUGCCAAAGUUGCCACCUUUCCCCAAGAUUCACUCUUGGAAAAAGAAACAUUACCCUAAGAUGUAUUUACCUCUACCUCCUAUUCAUAAGAAACCUUUCCCUCCCAUUUAUAAGAAGCCACUUCCACCUCCAAUUCUUAUCUACAAACCAAAACCAAAACCAACGCCACCAGUAUUUAAACCACCUACAGUUCCUAUUUACAAGCCCAAACCAAAGCCACUUCCACCUCCAAAACCAAUCUACAAACCAGUAAAGCCUCUGCCUCCACCUGUUCCAAUAUACAAACCAAUCCCACCAUUCUAUAAAAAACCACGUCCACCCCUAUUUCCUAAAGUCCAUAUUCAUCCUAAGAUUCCUCCAAAGUACUUCCACCACCCAUUGUUCCCACCUCUGCCACCUUCUAUUCCUCACCCAUAGGAGGGUGGCUUUAAAAUAUUUCCUCUUAAGUGAGCUGGCAUUAACGGAUUCAAGAUUUUAAAGGUAGUAGGUGCACCACUUAAUAUAUAUGCUUAUUUUCAAAUUGUUCAAUAAUUUCUACAUAAGUAUUCGAGUUCGAAACAGCAAUCGCAUGCGGCAUGUGCACCAUGCAUAUGAGUGCAUGUAGGGUUGUACCACUUUCAUGUUGAAAUAUUAAAAUAGUUAAGUGACUAUACUCUAACUUUA